AUGGAUAAUGAUGAAGAUAUAAAUUUAAUUGAUUUAUUUAAUGACGCUUUUAAAUUAACAUAUCAAGCUGGACAAACAAUUAAAAUAAUAAAAAAUACAAAAAACAAUUUUAAAAAAAUUCUUAAAAAAAAAUCAUUUAGAAAUUUACCAAGUGAACCUGUUACAGUUGCAGAUUUUAUUUCACAUUCAAUAAUAACCAAUGGAUUAAAAAAUAAAUUUCAAAAUCUCCAAAUUAUAUCAGAAGAAAAAGAUCAAAUUAAUCAUAAAGAUUUUCAAUUAAUUCAACAAGAAUUUAAUAUUGAAGAUAAAUUUCCAAAAAUUCCAUUUAUUCAAUAUGAUCAAAAUUUAAUGAACGUUCCAUUAUCAUCAGUUGCUGUUUGGGUUGAUCCUUUAGAUGCAACUAAAGAAUUUACAGAGGAUCUUCUUCAAUAUGUCAUGGUUAUGUUAUGUAUUACAAUCGAACAAAAACCAACUAUUGGAAUUCUUUAUGCACCAUUUACUGAUAAAUUAAUAUGGGCUUGGGUUGGUGUUGAUAAUUCACCUAUUAAACGAGAUGAAAAUAUUCUUUUAGAAGCUCAUAAACCAUCUAUUGAUGAAAUUAUUUUAUCUCGUUCACAUGCUGGUCAUGCUCAUGAAAUUCUUAAAAAUAUUUAUCGUGAUAAACAAUAUAAAAUUAUUCCAGCUGCUGGAUCAGGUUAUAAAACAGUUCAAGUAUUGGAAGAAUAUGCUGAUUAUUAUCUUCAUAUAACUCCAAUUAAAAAAUGGGAUGUUUGUGCUCCUGAUGCUAUAUUAAGAGCAAAUCAUGGAAGUUUUGUCGUAGGUGAUCGUCAUUUAAAUGCAAAUGGACCAUUUGGUAAACAUCAUAGUAUAGGCGAUGAACCAAGUCCAUAUACAUGUAAUCGCCGUACAGGGAUUCAUUCUUCUUCAACAAGUCUAAAUAUCAUGAAUAUAAAUGUAUCAGCUACAGUUUAUUCAAGCAAUGAUCAAAUAACUAUCACAUGGACACCAACAUUAGUUCCGUGUGUUGAUGAUUUUGUUGGAAUUUAUUUUGUUGACAUUGAUCCCUUGGACGCUUGUGGUUAUUUCGACUAUGAAUUUGUUAAAAAAGAUGAAAAUAGUACAUCAUGGCAAAUGACAAAUUUACGUCGUCAACUUGAAUUUCGUUACUAUUCUCGUGAUCAUAAUUGUUCUGGUAAUUAUUCAUUAAUUGCCAAAUCUUCUAUAGUCGAACCAUCAAAUUACAAUGAAGCAACACAUAUUCAUUUAGCUUAUGGUGAUCGUAUUGAUCAAAUAUAUGUUUCAUAUUUAACAAAUUCAUCUGAAUAUAUUCCUCAAUGUCAAUAUGGAUUAAGUCCAUUGUCACUUAAUUUAUGUCAAAAUGGAACAACAACAACUUAUACAGCAUCCGAUAUGUGUGAAGGAAAAGCAAAUAUAUGGGGUCCACAAACAUUUAUUCAUCCUGGAUAUAUGCAUACUAUUUUAUUAGAAAAUCUUCAUCCAUCAACAACAUAUUUCUAUCGUGUUGGAACAGAUCAACAUGGUUGGUCACAAAUAUAUUCAUUUAGAAAUCGUCCUGAAAAUAAAGAUGAAUCAGUCUAUUUAAUUGCUUAUGGCGAUUUAGGUUUAUCACCAGUUCAACUUGGUGCUAAAUCAACAAUUAAUCGAGUAACAUCACGUAUUAUAUCAACAAAUGUUACUUGUUUACUUCAUAUUGGUGAUAUAAGUUAUGCUCGAGGUAUUGGAGCUUUAUGGGAUGCAUUUAUGACUCAAAUACAAGCAAUAGCAGCUCGUGUACCUUAUAUGGUUGGAAUUGGAAACCAUGAAUAUGAUCAUCUUACUGGAGGAGAUAAAGAUCCAAGUGGAGCAUCAGGUCCAGGAGGAUUUAGACCGAAAUGGGGUAAUUAUGGUUAUGAUUCAGGUGGUGAAUGUGCUGUUCCUAUGGUUCGUCGUUUUCAUUCUCCAUUAAAUGGAAAUAGUCUUUUUUGGUAUAGUUUUGAUGUUGGUCCAAUUCAUAUUAUUUAUUAUUCAACAGAACAUGAUUUUCGUCGUCAAUCUGAUCAAUAUCAAUGGAUUGAAAAAGAUCUUCGUUCAGUAAAUCGUUCUCGUACUCCAUGGCUAAUUGUUGGUUCUCAUCGACAUAUGUAUACAUCAGAAUCUGAAAAUCCAAUAGAUUUAAUUAAAAUAAUGCUUCAAUUAUAUUUCGAACCAUUAUUUUAUAAAUAUCAUGUUGAUAUUAAUCUUUAUGCACAUCGACAUUCAUAUGAACGAUCAUGUCGAAUGUUUCAACAUAAAUGUGUUGAUGAUGGUAUAGUACAAGUAUUAAUUGGUAUGGCUGGACAAGAUCUUGAUACAGGUUCAUAUUCAGGUGCUGAAUGGAGUUUAUUUCAUGAUCAACUAUUUGGAUAUACAACUAUAUUUGCUAAUAAAACUUAUUUACAUUUUACUUAUUAUCAUGAUAAUGAUGAUUAUAUUGCUGAUCAAUUUCAACUUUAUAAAUAA